GUUUGAACCGACCGGCGGGCACCCGCCAUGGCAGCGUCCAUUCCGCGGCCCGGGACCCGGCUCUUCCGAACGUACGCGGCGAGGGGCGUCCAGGGGUCGCAGCCUAGCCGGCUGGCCGUACAAUGGUUCCAGCCGCCGGAUCCGAAGCGCGCUUUCAGCAGCAGCUUCAGCGGCAAUGACCAGUCGCCGUCUGUCGCUUCCGACGACUCUGACGACCCCGACUUCCCUGGCAGCCCCGUGGGCCCGCGGCGCAGUCGUUCUCCGGGCCGCGUCUCCCCGGACCGGUGGACCCUGACAGUCACCCAGAGGCUGCGACCUCGGCCCCUGCAGAAGUGCAACAGGCGUUCUCCGGGCCGCGUCUCCCCGGAUCGGUGGACCCUGACAGCCACCCGGAGGUUGCGGCCUCGGCCCCGGCCCCGGCAGAAGUGCAGCACCCCGUGUGGCCGGCUGCGACCGCCACCCUUCUCCAGCUGCAACCCGGGCUGCUUCAGCCCGGACCUCAGCGUGUGCAGCCAGUCCAGGGACAGCAACGAGCUGGGCACCAGUGCCUCCCUAUUCAGCUCUCCGGCCUCCCCCGGAGCCCCCGACUCUCCCGAUGCAGCCCCUGAAGUCCCUAACAGCUCCCACCUCCCGGCAACCUCCCUGGACGAAGAAGCAUCUCUGCCCUGUCCCCAGGAAGCAGCAACAGAUGAAGGCAGGUUCGCCAGGAUGGCCGGCCAAUCCGGAGCCGACUUCAGGUCAACCGUCUUUAACCUUGUGGACUCUGGCACCGCUGAAGGUAACGAGUUUGGGACAAAUGGGAAGAAUGAAAGACAGCAGGUGGGAAACGGACUAAAGGGCCCAGGUCUAGCAAGCACGAGAAAGAGAAGGACCACAGGUCAGAUGGCUGUGUCUCAAGGAGCCGACCAGAUGGACUGUGGGGCGGCCAGUGCUUGCAAAGACCUUUGUGUACCAGGGCAAAUCAACAGGCCUAAGAGAGCUGGGCCACUCCAGAAGAGGAAACGGCAAAAAUCUAUGGGAACCUCUGCCCUCCGCUACCAGCAAUCUAAGAAGAAAAAGAAAGAUUCAGUCCCUUUGCCGGACUUGAGUCAUAUCCAUGAGACCUGUUCUUGGGCCAAAACCAGAGCCUCCUUCAGUUUCCACAAGAAGAAAGUUAUAAGUAAUGUGUCAGAGGAAUGCAGCAGCCAUAUUGCUGGUUCUUCUAGGUCCAUCCUGUCUGAAUAUUCAACCCCCGGUGUCAUGGACAGAGCGAAUAGUACUGUUUCCUCUUGUCACUCCUCUUCUAUGUAUUUGCUAAGCCCCUUACAGACCCUGCAGGUCACAGACAAAAAACCAUCUUAUGCUGAAAAGGUGUAUGGGGAGUGUAAUCAGGAAGGGCCUGUCCCCUUUCAUGAUUGCCUUUCCAUGGAAAAAUUGGAACACUGUAAGAAGAUUGGCGAAGGUGUGUUUGGAGAAGUGUUUGAAACAAUUACUGAUCAAACACCCGUAGCCCUAAAAAUCAUUGCUAUUGAAGGACCAGAUUUAGUCAAUGGGUGCCAUCAAAAAACCUUUGAGGAGAUCCUGCCAGAGAUCAUCAUCUCCAAAGAGCUGAGCCUCUUGUCUGAUGAGGUGUACAACCGCACAGAAGGCUUUAUUGGGCUGAACUCAGUACACUGUGUCCAAGGGCCUUACCCUCCCUUGCUGCUCAAAGCCUGGGAUCACUAUAAUGCAACCAAAAAAUCUGCAAAUGACCGGCCUGACUUCUUCCAGGAAGACCAGCUCUUCAUUAUACUGGAAUUUGAGUUUGGUGGGAUUGACUUAGAGAGAAUGAAAGGAAAGCUGGCCUCCGUGGCUACUGCAAAGAGCAUUCUACACCAGAUCACCGCAUCCCUCGCAGUGGCAGAAGCAUCGCUGCACUUUGAGCACCGUGACUUACACUGGGGGAAUGUGCUCUUAAAGAAAACCAACCUCAAAGAGCUCCAGUACACCCUCAAUGGGAAGACAAGCACCAUUCCCACCCAUGGGCUACAGGUCAACAUCAUCGACUACACCCUGUCCCGCUUGGAGCGGGAUGGGAUUGUGGUUUUCUGUGACAUCUCCACUGAAGAGGACCUGUUCACAGGUGAAGGUGACUACCAGUUUGAGAUCUACAGGCUCAUGAGGAAGGAGAACAGAAACUGCUGGGGUGAGUACCACCCUUACAAUAAUGUGCUGUGGCUACAUUACCUGGCAGACAAGCUUCUGAAUCAUAUGACCUUUAAGACUAAGUGUCACACCUCAGCCAUGAAGAAGGUGAAGGAGAAACUGGGGCAUUUCCACAGAACUGUACUGACGUUCCGCUCUGCCACUGACCUGCUCUGCCAGCACAGUCUGUUUCAGUAAGCCAGCUACUGAGUGCUCGCACUUCCAAAGCCUCACUGAGUACGCCUUCACUGCCUCUGCUACUGUUUUUAAUCUCUGCCACUGGAGCAGGAUGGAGGUGAAUACCCAUCCUUAAGGCUUCCCUGUCAGCUUUUAAAAAAGAGAGUUUUGUUUUUAAAAGGUAACCAGAAUGUUUAUCAACGUAAUUAAACUUGCUUUUAACAAGUGUUCUGAAAAAAAUAAACUACAUAGAGGACAAGUGUAUACAUCUUGUAAGUCCUCUUUCUGCCAGCAGAGUCUACAAAUCUGAUAUUGCCAUUUUUUUGAGCCUUGAUACCCUAUGUAGGGUGAGCAAACAAGUCAGAAAAGCCCAGCCCUCAGCUAUGGUCCUUCUUGCUCCUGAUGCUGCUGUCAGUGCUGGUGCAGGAACCAAACCUCAGAUGCAUGUUUUUUUUUUUUUUAACUGAAUGCAAAAUAACAGAGCACAAAAACAGACUAGAGGGUCAAAGCUGAGAAGGAGGGGUACACAGUAGCAUAGAGGAUGUGUGGGAAAUGUCUAUCAAAUUCAUUCACCAGUCACAGAAACUGAAGCAGGAUUUGCAAAUUUUCAAAAGGGAAAUAAAUGUCUAUGGCGCUGA